UAUAAAAGGGCCAGAAAUUGCAGGAAUCUAUUCUUCACCAAAAUGUCAGUAUUCCAACAAUCCCAUCUCCUGGUGCUUUUCUUUGGCUGGACUCUUGCCGUAAAUAACUUGGUAGAAUCCCAAGGCAAUACCGAAUGUGGUGGAAUCUUGAGUGAGCCUUAUAAAGCAUUACCAAUUGAAGUCAAUGCAAAUGAGACCUGCACAUGGUAUAUAGAGAAAGAUGUAGAUCAAAAUAUCCGAAUAAUAUUCUCUUAUUUCCAAUUUAAUCCUUCAUCAAUCUGUGAUAGAGAAAAUAUUAUAGUAUAUGAUGGUUCUUCAACUAACUCAUCUUUUCUUGGACAAAUAUGCAAUAGCCAUCAGUCUGUUCCAGUAUUUGAGUCAUCCUCAAAUGCUUUAACAUUUCAGUUAUCAACAGACUCAACAGCUUUCAAAAGGGCAGUGUUUGUAUUUUAUUAUUUCAUUUCACCUGACUCAGUUGAAAACUGUGGGGGUAGACUUCAAAGCCCAGAGGGAUCAUUCACCAGCCCUAACUACCCCAGCCCACACCCACCAUUUACCUAUUGUGUCUGGCACAUCCAAACAGAAGCAAAUUCCAAGAUAAAUUUAACAUUCAGUGAAAUUUUCGUAGAAAUGGAUGAAAACUGCAGAUUUGACUUUGUUGCCAUCUAUGAUGGUGUAAUGACCAACACUGGUUUAAUCAAGCAAGUAUGCGGCCUUGCUAAGCCAACGUUUGAGUCUUCUUCCAACUUUAUGACUGUGGUGCUGUCUACAGAUUAUGCCAACUCUUACAGGGGCUUUUCUGCUCACUACACAAGUAUACCAAUACCAACAACGCAGCCCAACACAUCCCUCAGGUGUUCUUCAGACACAAUCACAGUCAUUCUCAGCAAGUCUUAUUUGGAUUCACUUGGCUAUAAUGACAAUGACUUGGUUCUGAAUGAUCCAACUUGCAGACCCAGUGCCUCAAACCCAGUGAUGUUUUCAUUUCCAUUCAACAGCUGUGGAACAAUUAAAGAGACACAAAAUCACACCAUUUCUUAUAUCAAUACCAUCACUGCCUCCCCAGCAGGUGUUGUGAUCACCCGUCAAAAGCGUGUUGAGAUUGUUGUGAAAUGUAUAAUGGAAAACAAUUCAACUGUAGAAGUCAUGUACGUAACAGAAACAGAUGUCACACAGAACACAAGUGCUCUGGGAAGAUACAACCUCAGCAUGUCUUUCUAUGAGUCUGAUUUGUUCUCCAAACCCAUACUUGAUUCUCCAUACUAUGUGGACUUGAACCAAACUCUCUAUGCGCAAGUCACUCUGCAUUCCAGUGAUGCGAAUUUACUAGUGUUUGUGGACACAUGUAUAGCAUCACCAAACCCUAAUUUUGGAUCACCGAAUUAUGAUUUAGUCAGAAGUGGCUGUGCCAAAGAUAACACCUAUGUGGCCUAUCCAGUCCUUGAACAUUAUGGGAGGUUCAGGUUCAGUUCCUUCAAAUUCUUGCGGAGCCAUCCAACUGUUUACCUCCACUGUGAAGUUUUAAUUUGUGACAGCAAUGAUCCUAAUUCUCGCUGCACUAACGGCUGCAUCACUCGACAAAAGAGAGAGAUUUCUUCCUACAAAUGGAAAGGGGAGGCUAUGGUGGGACCCCUCAGACUGAAAAGUGAUCAUAGUUCUGUGGAUCGCUCAGAUUCUGCUGCUCAAGUAUAUCCUGAGAAAAGCCAGAAUGCGCCAGCUAAGGGUCUAUAUAUCCUUACCUCUGUUGUGUUGGUUACAAAUGCAAUCCUUCUGGCUGGUCUGGCAGCAAAGCGUUUCUUCAAUUGGCAACAAGGAUACAGUUACCAGAAACUGCAGAGCUAUUAAUAAGAAUUUCCUAUCAGCAGCUUCAGUUUGAAUCCCCCAAUUUACAUGCUUUAGGAAGAAUAUGUUUUCAGUAGAGAUGGGCACGAACCAAAGUUCGUGACGAACUGGGCCAGUUCAUGGUUUGCGAACCGGCGAUUCAUCAGAGCCUAUUCCUGACGAACUGCCAUGAACUUUAGGCUGGUUCGUUUGGUUUGGUUUUUGGUUCAUCAUUGCAGACAGCCUGGCACUGAUCAAUCAGUUUCCUAGGCAACAGGGGAUGGACUUCCUGAAGACCUUCUGCUGACCUGGAAGUGACAAUUUUCUGACCUGGAUGUGACAUUUUCAUGAACCAAAUGAACCAGUUUGUGAACUGGGGCAGGUUCGUGAAAUGCGGCAAACCACGAACCAUACAGUUCGUUUUUUUUCCGGUUCGUACCCAUCUCCAGUUUUCAGGGAUCUGUCUUUCCAUAAAAUGUUACUUAUUUCAAAUAAAACAUGUUAGCAACUGCAGCAUUAAAGAAACACUGAAAAAUAUUGGCUGAAACACAAAUUAAGGGGGGGGGAGCAUAUUUGGAAUGGCAGAGAAAGAGACUAAAAAAACUUUGAUUUUUGUGUUUGUAUGUGUACCCAUGAAGAUGUAUGCGUAAGAGCAACACAAGUGAUUUCAAUAAUUCUUUUCGUAAGCAGCAGCUAAAUUAAAAGAUUUGACAAAAA